AUUUUUUAAGAAAAGACUUGUAAAAGGAAAAGAGAAGGAAACAAAAGUCGGCCAGCGCGCGCGCUCACAGUGCAGGACCAAAGACGACGAGGAUGUUCGCUUUCGUGCGCUUCUUGGAGGACGACGUGUGCUACGCGCUGCCGGUCUCCAGUGUGAAGGAUUUCAGACCUCGGCACAAGACGGACUUCGACAACCAGAAGGUGUAUGUGGUGCACCGGACCGAGGAGCAUGGCACAGGCCAGCCGGGCAAGGCGCAGAUCCUGGCCCUGUCAGAAAAUAUCCAAGAGUUUGAGAACAGUAUUCUCCAGAAGAAGAUGAAGAUUCCCAAAAUGUCCUCUAACGACAUGGACAAUUCACCACAGAACCAUUUUGAGGAGGAUGCAAUGCCACUCAGACAUAAAAAGGCACAAGAACAUGGACGCUCAAGUGCCAACUCGUCAAAAAGCCUCGCUGCUGUGGUGGCAAGGCUGGAGCGCAACGCCGUGAACUCGUACGCCGAGGGAGAGGAAGAUUACGAAGACAGUCUUGUGGAGGACUGUGGAGGGACAGAUGAGGCGGUGGUCCCACGGGUGCUCUAUGAGGAGCUGGUGCGGAGUUACAGACAGCAAGAGGAGGAAAUGCAGCGCCUCCAGCAGGAACUGGAACGCACGCGCAGGCAGCUGGUGCAGCAAGCCAAGAAAUUAAAGGAAUACGGCAGCUUAAUGACCGAAGUCAAAGAGCUGAGGGACUUCAACAGGAGGUUACAAGACGUACUGCUCAUGAGGCUCGGCAGCGAACCCAUGCUUGACAACGGCACUCAGACAAUCAAAAUAGAGCAAGUAGAGCCAGUAAUAGAGCCACAGGAAAUCUGUCGAGAAGAAGCAAAUGCCAGCUCAAGCUCGAGCCACUCGCCUUCUCCAAGAACAGUAUACACGUUCAACGACGGAAAGGUACAUCUGGGUGGAGGUAUCUGGGUAGACGAGGAAAAAUGGCACCAGCUUCAGCGAACACAAGGAGACUCCAAAUUCACCAAAAACCUUGCUGUCAUGAUCUGGGGCACAGAAACACUAAAGAACAGAAGUGUCACUGGGGUGGCCACCAAAAAGAAGAAAGACGCGUUACCAAAGCCCCCUUUAUCACCUAGUAAACUCAAAAUUGUCAGAGAAUGUCUGUUUGACAGAAUAUCACAAGAAACCGCAGACAGUGCCGAGAUCACACAGAGACUGUCCAAAGUAAACAAAUACAUCUGCGAAAAGAUCAUGGAUAUCAACAAAUCCAUCAAGAACGAGGAGCGGCGGGAAUCGAAACUGCUCAUCAGGCAGUCGGUCAAGAUGGACAACUUCAACUACGAUGGCAUGUAGUGUUAAAAGUUGUCACCAUCGCUCACUCUGUUUUCUAUGGCGAGCCUCAAAACGGAAAAGGGAAAUGGAAUUUGGUCCCCCCCCCUCCUCCUCCCCGUUCUGGCCCUUUGCUAGGAUUUUCACAAAUUAUUAAAGAUUAGGGGAGGAGGAGGAGGAGGAAGAGGAAGAAACACCCAACACUUGCAGGCGUCCCAGACGUAGCAGAGGCACAAAGGUACAGGGAGGAGAUCUGGGCGCCCGCUGAGACGGAGUGACGCUAACAGUCCAUGUACAGUGCAGGCGGGAGCGGCUGGCGAGGUGGCGCGACGUAGCUAACGGCCUCUUAGACGUCCGUCUGUUCGGGAAGCUCACGGCUUCUGCCAGCUCGAGCCCAAAUUGGUGCAGGUAAUGGUUUUUCGGUGUAAAUGAUGUACAUAAAAAAAGCUUUUGAGUGCCAAAAUGACUCCGGUCACAUGCAAUACGUUAACGCUUCGAUUGGUUUGGUUUGGGUUUUUUUUUUUCCCCCCUUCCCCUCCAAUUGGUGGUCUCCCUGCAGCAUUUUAAAGACAAACAAAAAGGCCCAAGCACACCUGCUCAUGCACUUUGACUGCGAUGACCGUAAGCCAAGCGCCCGCCUGCCACCUUACCAGCAUUUGAAGCGGCUCGUCACACUGGAGGCCCUUCGCCAUCUUGUCUUCUGCCGAUGCCUGACUCAGUCGCUCUGCGCAUUUCAUGCCAAGUCCUGUACGUGAAUCGGAGCUCACUUGCUUUUUAGGAAUUCUGUCGAUGAUGUGGCACGUCGUGAUUUUAAUCUGUGGAGUUUUUUUCUUUUUCCAACCAACCAAAAAGGCGCACAGAGGGUCUCACUUGGGCCGAGGUUUUCAUUUUACUGUCGAGAGAGAGGCUUGCUGUAGGGAGCAAAGUGAGAAACGGCGACAACUUCUAGCAAGACAUGCCAUCCCAGCGUUGUCUUUAUUUGUCUUUUUUUAUUUCUUAUAUAAAACUGAGGCUUGUUUGGCUGAGUACAGCUGGUAACGAGUGCUGCAUUAGGAGUUCUGAACUGUGACCACCUUCGUUCGUUUGUUCGUUCGUUUGUUCGUUUGUUUUAAUUUCUCUUUUUGAACUGUGAUUAUCCUGCUGGUUUGGCUCAAACGGACUCGUUGCCUCCUGCCAGGCCCUUUCUUCUCUCCUUCAGCUCCAUUAGUCUUGAGGUUUUCAGGGUUUUUCACUUCCUGUAUAUAAUUUCUAUCAGUUUGUUUGCCUAUUUUGAUAGUUCAGUGUUCCUCUGUCACCUUCAGUCGGUACCGUUAGAAAUUCUCCUUCGCUAGGCUGCUUAUUAGAGU